UCGCAAUGAACCCAACAAUCACAUGGGCUGUUUGCAGGCAUCCAAGAUGUCACAUACAUCCACUCCUCCAAAAACAAGCACUACCAUACUAUAGUGCUAUCCCGUUUGCAUCUACCGUACUCUAUCCAAUUGCCAGCCAGCUAGCUAGAAGAACACAACAAUGAGCUUUGUGGCGCGUGGCGGUCUCGUGUUGGCGGCAGUGCUGCUGCUGCUUCGUUUCGUCCAAGUCGAUGGUUUUAUUAUGGGCAGAAUCAUGUCGACGAGGCAGGACAAGGUCAUCACCAAGAUGCCGGCGGUUCCUACGUCCCUUCUCGGCGAAGAGACCGCGUCCCGUCUUCGCAAGGACUAUCGGGAUUUGCGAGAAGCCUUUCACUACCAAGCACAGUACUUUCAACAGGCCACGAGAAGUCAAAACGAGUUGACGGAAGAUUGUCUGGAACAGGCCGCGUACAUGGCUCACUUGCAACGAUUCCAGCAAGAGCAAGCGGCUGAUGUGGCGAAUCGGGAUCACCUGCAUGCCUCCAGCCAGUUGGAAAAGAUUCGAGAUGAAUGGGAACGUUUGCACCACGACAAGAUUGUUCAAGACUUUGAAAUGGAACUAGCGCAAGCCGAAGAAGCCCGGGCUCAUGAUCGAGCACAAUGUGCCUUCAAGCUGUUGGGUCUGGUGGAAAAGAGCGAGUGGGACCUCAAGGAAGCCCUCCAUGAGCUGCGCUUGGCCAACAACAUGGACAGUGCCUGUGAAGCCGAGUUGCGCAAGCAUCAUGCCGUGCUUCGUUCCUUCAAGGCUCGGUUGAUUGACCACGACCCUUUCAAGGGAAACGUGGCCUUUUAAAGCUUACUUGGGCUGUUGCUAUGCUACUAGCUAGCUGGUAUAAGACCAUCUUCAGUGUACCGCUACCUGUACCCAUCAAAUCGAGAGUCCCAGGUGGAACAUGCCCCCCAAAUGAAACACGGCCAUCCAGCAGGGUCAUUGAUAACUGAAUGUACGGAAGCAGCCAUGCAUACAGAGUACAUGUAGUUCAUUUAUUUCUAAAAAGCUUAGUCUAUUUCUACAACUCUUGA